AUGUAUAUAAUGAGUUGUUCUGAAGUUAUGUACCAAGCGUAUUACCCGUAUUUGUACCAGAGAGCCGGAGCCGCUCCCCCCGUAUCUGCCCAUCCCGUACCGAGAACUGGACCGUUCUCGUCGCCUUUCGGCGCCGCACAUCAAUAUGACAGGUUCAACGUGCAACGAUUGCAGGACGCGCACACCCUAUCCCAAGCGGCGGCGGCGGCGAGCUCCAGCAACGGCACCUCUUCCCUGGGAGGCGGUCUGGCGUCCGUGGCGGCGGGAAGCCUCGACGGGCACGUGGCGGGCGCGAGCUCGUCGGCGGCGGCCGGACACUCCCAUCCCAUUUAUCUGCAAGGAUCGGCGCACAGCUCGGGCGGCUCGGUCAGUUCGACGGGCGGCGCGUCGCCCACUAGUCCCCUCAGGCCCGGCAAAGAGGAAGACUGCAGUCUGCAUGGAAGAAGUAGUACCGAGGAUCCUCAGCCCGGCGUCGACGACGACGACUCGCAGGAGGCGGGCAAUUCUAGGGCUCAAUACGUUUCUGCAAAUUGCGUCGUUUUUACCCAUUAUCAAGGCGACGCAGCCUCCGUAGUAGACGAACAUUUUUCUAGAGCUUUAGAUAAGACAUCACAUACCAAGGAAACCUCACCGAUGUCGACUCGAAAUUUUCCCCCUUCCUUUUGGAAUAGCCAGCAUUACAACGGAGCUUCCAGCAGCAGCCAUCACGCUGCCGAUCUUUACACAGAUCAUUACCAUCCGAGCGAUGCUUGGUAUCAAUAUAGUCAGCACCACAGGGCAGUGCAUGAUUACCAUCAUCAUAACAUGGCGGCGCAGUACGGUGGAUUGCUGCUGCCUAGUUCAAGACUGCACAUGGGCUCGCACGCGCCUUGUAAAGCCAUGGACUGGCAACAUCCCUCGAUAGAAUCGCCCUAUUCUUCCUAUCCUACUAUGUCAGGUUUAGAGGCACAAGUGCAAGACUCCUCAAAGGAUCUCUAUUGGUUCUGA